AUGUGGAAACUUGGUGUUCUCAUUGUCCUACUUUCGGCUCUUCUUCCACAUCUGUGGCCUGAAUGCUCGAGUGAACUCCAUCGGAUGUGGGAAACAUUCCGGCCCACUCUUCUUGAUUGGAUGAACGCUCUAAUCGCCGCCAACACCCGCAUAAUGCAUCCGUUUCUUAGACUCUUCAAUUUAAAAGUCAUGGAAGCUAAUUCAAGCCCAGAAACCACCAAACCGUUCACCCUUCCAAGUUGCCUUCGAAACCCCAUAGCUCUGGAGCGCCUGAUAGAGCACAAACACCUCGUUGUCCUGGGACAUGUCUUCGACGUCAGUCCCAAUGUGGAGGCCUAUGGUCCAAAUGGGGUUUACGCCUUUCUCACUGGUCGCGACGCAACUCGUCUAAUUGUGUCUGAGGGCAUGGAAGACUCGCCUUCUGAAGGUUACGCACUUGAUGGUCUGACCUCCUCCCAGAUCUACGAACUCGGUGAUUGGUUGAAACUGUAUGCACGGAAGUAUUCCUGUGUAGGCUACAUCCCCGGCGUGUACUAUUCGCCAAUGGGAGAUGCCUCAGACCUGCUCCUCGAGCUUCUUGACGUCUGGAACAAACAGCCUCCCGAAUAUGUUGAUUUUGAUGAGCUUCUCCCCGCUUGUAGUUCCUUCUUUGAUGGGAAAUUGCUUCGGCUGGCUUGCAAUCCCUAUGGCAGGCAAGUUAUCAGGAAUAUCAAGAACACACAAUUUGCUAUAUUUCACAGUGGAAACCUUUUGCUUACUAACUGCCCUGACAAGCUUCUUGUUUCCUCCAUAAAUAGCGAUCAAGCCUCGGACACUUUGUACCCGCGUCAGCUGCUAGAACCAGAGAAGGCGACAGUACGAUGCGCAUGCGUGCCUAAGACACUGCUCACUCAUGCGCGGCUGCGUCGUUACCCUGGCUGUCCAGGCACUGCCGAUCAUUGUUUCGUCAAGAUCAAUAACCCCGAGAGUGUUUGGACUGGCAGACUGGCUUCCGUCGAGACAAUCUAG